AUGCCGCCCAAGGCCGGGAAAUCCAAGGAGGCCCCCGUGGAGCGACCCAUCCUCGGCCGCUUUUCCUCUCACUUGAAGAUUGGUAUCGUGAGUGGCUCAUUUAGUCUCCAUGAUCUGCGGCGGCUCUUGAUAUUUAUCGUAUUUCCUCCGUGCCUACUUUGCGCGGAAAAAGUCUUUUAUGUCAACGGUGACUUAGGAACGGCGGAUGCUGAUGUGCGCCUCUCGUGGGCAAUCUGAUAGCCUUUGGAACCUGCGAAUUUUGAGCUAAACUUGCUCCACCUUUUCGCCACUGAUACAUUGGAUGGUUGAACUGUACCUUUAAUUGCUACCCACGUAGGAAUGUAGGCUAUAUUACGAAUGAUCCGAAUACACUUUGUCACUUGACUGAUCCCCUUAGUUUAAAGAGUGAGAUUGGCUGUAACCGGGAAUUUUUAUCGGAAGGCGUUAAAAGUAGAACUUCUGUUUUAGAUUAUGAUGUAUAUCCUUCUCGGAAAGGAAAUCAAGUUUUAGUUUUUCUGAAACGAAUUCGAUCUUUCAAUGAAGGGUUUGAUCACUGAAACUGGACACUGUGUUACAGCAGGAUUAGGCCUCGUAUGUUACCAAAGUGUGUAAUUGUCUUUCCGUUGAAGGAACUUGGGCUAUGAUCAUGGCUUGGUUUUGAAGUAGUUAGGAAUAUUAUUUAAUUUUCGAUAUUUCGUUUAACUUGAAGUGGAGAACCAUGUGAUUUUGGACCAUUCUUUUUUAAUUCUUCUUUUUAAAUUAAGUUUACUGAAAUUUCACUUAAAUAUUUAUCAUGCAUGUAAUUACUGCUGUCAUCUGUCUUGAUGAAUAGGUUGGGCUUCCAAAUGUUGGAAAAUCGACGUUGUUUAACACAUUGACAAAAUUAUCGAUUCCAGCUGAGAACUUUCCUUUCUGUACCAUUGAACCAAAUGAAGCACGGAUAAAUGUUCCUGAUGAACGGUUCGACUGGCUUUGUCAGUUGUACAAGCCAAAGAGUGAGGUUUGUUUCUGAACAUUUAAAUAUUUGCCCUGAAUAAUACCCUAUUUUUUUUUUACCUUUCUAUGUUCUUUUGUUACCGGGUGGAAAUCUCUGCCCAAAAAUUCAGAACCUUAUUUAUUGUAAUGGUGUGAUUUUAUAGCAUUUUCAUUCUCUUCCCCUCAACUGGAAACAGCAAAAUUUUGUCAUUUGUGCAGUAGUAUAAACAGUUUUCUGUGCGUGAAACCUGCCCUAAGGACUAUGUCUCUUUAGGCUCAUGACUAUGCAUAGUGGAUGGUUCUUGAUGAAUUUCUGGAUUAACAUUCUGUUAUUGUCCUUGUGUACACCUUCGUUGCCCUGAAAACUUAUUGCUUCAUGAAACGAUGGAGUUGAUGGGAACCUGGUGUGAGUUCCUGAAACCUACUCUCUUUGUAUAUUUGUUUGGCUUUCAUGUUUAUUAAGUUUGGUGUGAUGGGUGAAAGUCUAAUCCCAUGAAUAAAAAGGUUCCUUACAGAAGGGUCAAAGACCGCCUGCAUGAUCUGUAACAGUAUCCAAAUGAUAUAAUUGCUUAUUAGCUGGCACCAGAGAAGUUUUCUGUGCUAAUUACCAUGCAGAAUUUAAGUCAUUAUAGAUGAAUAAUGACACAAUCCACACACACACGCACACAGUCUCUUGUAAAGUUUAAAUUUCUCAGUGCAUAAAUCUGGUAUUAUUUUGUGGUUUAAAGAACAUAGCUAUUAGCAAAUAAGUAAUUCUGAAGGAAUUCUAUGUUUUGACCUUUAUGAGGAAUGAUUGGAAAUUAUAGAGGCAUUGAUCUAGUAUUAUUUUUUCUAUGACUUGAAUCUCAAACCCAGUUAAUUGCCUUGCAUUUCGAAUAAUUCAAUGUAAAAAUCGUGGCGGAAGUUCAUCACCCUAUUCUUAAAUUUGUGAGUUAUAUAUGCGUUUUAAAUUAUCUUAAUUCGCCAAUGUCAGGUUGCAUUUGAUUAGAUAAGUAUUGUGAAAAGAUAAUCUACAUUGAGAAAAACGUAAAGAAGCUGCUAAUUGAAAUAAGGCAUGUCAAAACUAUAGUUGGGGAUUGCCCAUAUGUAAUGGAAUGACCUUACAAAAGAAUAAAUCCCCUUAGGAUUGAACUUUGCUUUGCAGGUAUAUAAUCAUGUGGAUAUUCACUACUAGCUACUAAUAGCUGCCUACACAUGAUCUGCGUAGAAAAUCUUAUGAAUGGAAAAUAACUAAUCCCACAAUAAAAUCAAAUUCCAUAACCCAUUGAACAGAAACUGUGUUUAACUAUCUUCACUAUGCUAAUGAUAGUUUGCUAGUUUUUAAAAAAUAAUAUUAGUUAGUAUAUAAAUUGUUGCUAUUUGUGGUGAUCAAUCCACGAUGAAUUAAUUAGAAAAAAUUGACUGUCUGGUAAUAAUUAUUGUCUCUGCGAUUGUGACUCCAUUGUUUAUGUUGUAAUUGAGCUACAAUAGGCUACUUUUUCGGUAUCCAUGUAUUGACAAUAUCGCAGUAAUAUACUUAAAUUAGUGAUACCAUUUAUGAACGAUUUUUCUGCAAAAUAGCAGAUUUUGAUGUUGGAAACAUUUAAUGAAAGUAAUAUCGUUGGUAAAAGAUAAAAAUAAAUUUACUUUGACGACUAGGAAAAUACAUGAUCCAUUUAAUGAAAGUAAUAUCGUUGGGAAAAUACAUGAUCCAUAUCGUCUGUAGACAGAUGGAAAAAGGUAUUGCUUCAUAAUUUUACAAUAUGUUUUGGGUGAUGUUUCCUUGCAUUUGUCCAUUGCUUGCCAAUUCUGUACUACCACUCCACGGAGAGACUACAUUGGUAGGUUAGCUGCAUGAACCUGAACAAGAUACCUCAUCUCUCCUCCCUUUUCCUCAACGUUUGGUUGAUCAGCACAGAUCAACCUAAAUGCUCAAGAAAGAAAUUUGUGAACACCUUAUGGUUGAACAUGCUUGAAGCUGCAGAUGUCUCAGGAAGAAAGCAUAGUUUAUCACCAAUUGCUCAAAAUUGAAGAUUAUGUGGAACAUUAAACUUUUAGCAAUUAGUGUAAGGAUGAAACCUGAGGAAGUUUUACUUUGAGGGACGAGGGCUAAGGAUGCCCUUGGUGUGGAUGAUGAUAGUUCUGGACAUUGUAGAAAUUAGGCUCCAUGAGGUUUAUGUCUGAUCCAUGGAUCGUAUUUUUUGCAAAAAUUAAAAAAUUCUGAUGUGCUUUAAUCUCAUUAAUUUGACUGGCAUUCUUCGUAAUUUGCUCCACUAUAUUUUGUCUGAUUACUGAUGGAUUCCUAUCUGACAACACACUAAUGAAGUUUAGUGGAUGAAUAAGUGAAUAUAGAUUUACUCUGUGUGCGUGUAUAUCUCUCUAUCAUUUAUCUAUCUCUGUUUCUCUGUCUCUUUCUAUCUAUCUACUAAUGCAUCCAACUCAACCUCCAAGCCCACGUUACCUCUGCCUCUUUCCUCUAUCAUAUGAUGAUGAUUGUGUGUGGAAUAAUAUGCAGGUUUCAGCUUUCCUAGAAAUCCAUGAUAUCGCUGGACUUAUUCGUGGAGCUCAUGAAGGUCAAGGGUUGGGGAACAGCUUCUUAUCUCAUAUUCGUGCUGUAGAUGGAAUUUUUCAUGUUUUAAGUAAGUACUUUAUCCUCCAUUUUGUUGUUUUCACCAUUUUUUUGUGUUACUGUUGGAUUGUUGAUCAGCAUUUUAGCCAUGAAAGCCCUGAGUUUGUUUGUGAAGGUGUUCUUUGAGAAUUUAUUAACACGCCCAAACUUACAUGUAUUUAGCCAUGAAAGCCCUGAGGUUUUACAGUUUGAUUAUGGCUGCAAGUUAAAUGUAUUUGUUAUUUACAUGACAGUAGUGUUACCUGAUGCUUUUAUCUGAAAAGGUCCUUAGGUACGAAUUUUUAACAUUUCUUUCUAACAUUUGUUGCAUUAAAUGUGGUAUAAGUGCAUCUAUGAAUGAGGAGAUUUAGAUUGGAAAGGAUCUUGAGUGAGACAAUGUUCUGCCAGCUAUUAUUAUAGAAAUGUGAAUGUAUCACGGACUCACCUCGAACAAAGGUAAUAUAUUGACUUGCAUAUAUUAUUUGCGAAGUUUAACAUAAAUAUCAUCGAUACGGAGCUUUCUAGAAUUAAUAUCAUAGAUAUGUUACUGGAGAAUCCAUGAUUACUAGAUUUAAUAGCUUAAGCAUAAGUAGUACGAAAGAUGAAGUGUCUUUGAUGAAUUGGUCUAAAUACUUAAAUACAGUAUUGAACCUACCAAGCGGCUUUAAUUCUGAUCAAUAGACACCAUUUAACCUCAUUGGAACUACUGACGCUCGAGUUGACCUUUAGGGCUGGUUUCUGAAGACGUUAUCUAACCUUACGAAUGGAUAGACAGAUGCUCGAAGAUAAUUUUUCAUCAGAUGAUUGGAGUUCGCGCAGUUGCAUCCUGUUUGCUUAAGCGAUUGAUUGUGGUUUUGUAAAUUCCGUCGGAUGUGAGACACUCUUCCUAAUCUAUGCUGUCAGAAUAUACGUAUUUGUUUCAUUUCAUUUCAAAGAAGAUUUUAGUCAGUUCUUUAUGUCAAGACUUGGCAAUAAAGUAGAUUUUAUGUCAUAAAAUCUAAGGUUCUAGAAGCUUGCUUUUGUUUUCAUUCUUUAUUGUUGGCUGAUGGUUCCAGUAAGAUAAAGCAUUGUGUGUUACACCUGCUUCCUUUUCUCAUUAUCUUUUUUAGUCCAGAAAAUCUUGAGGUUUCUGUUUGGUAGCAUGACUUGCACAGUGCUUGAUAAUGUUUCCAUUGGCUGCAUCAGUGACUUAAAACUUUUGACAAACCUUCUCCAGUUGGAACCUAUCGUGAGUAUAUUUUGUACCAGUUCGUAAUGGAUUGACAUUGAAUGUGGACCUACUCAAUAUACUUUUAAACUAUUGGACCAUGCCCUAGAAUUUAUGGCUACUUUUUCUAUUUUAUCUUUUGCUUAUCUUUCACUUUUUCAGGAGCAUUUGAGGAUCCGGAUGUAAUUCAUGUUGAUGACUCGGUGGAUCCUGUUAGAGAUUUAGAGAUUAUUACUGAAGAACUUAGGCUAAAGGUAUCUGCUUUCAUUGCAAAUUUUAUGUCUUGAUUAUUUGAAUUACUUUUUAUUUUUAUCAUGAUUCCCAGUUGCUAGUGCUUCUUUACGUGAGUGUUGGACAUGCAGGCCGGGAUCUUCAUCUGUGUACUCCAUUCGUUUUGUCCAAUACACAAAUAUAGACUUAAUGAUUUGGGUCUUUGUAAGUUUAUAUCAUUCUACUGAGUAGACUCUUCCAGGGUUAUUUUUUAAUGUAUUUUGGAGAUUAGGUGAUUUAUAUAUCUGAACACUUAUAAGUGAUAGGGGUAGUAAGUCUUAUUGUUUAGCAGGUCUCUCCCUCUCCCUCUCUCUCUCUCUAUAUAUAUAUAUAUCUGUCUAUCUCUGUGUCUAUCUACCUAUCUAUCAAUGUACUGCGUCCCUGUUCUUGUUGUUAAUCAGUUUUUCAUAUUUCUCCACCUUGAAUGAUUAAUCAGAAGUUCAUUAGUUUAGUGUCUUAUAUAUAUCUGUUUCAUUUGUAAACACUUUAUUUACGUUGAUUUUUUAUAAUUUUCUUUUCUAUUGUUGCUAGGCAUUCUCCUCUUAUAAUUGCUCGCGGCUCAUUCUAUCACCAGUUCUUUGCUUCGUUGUGGCGUUUUAUCUUACAUUUUUGUUUAAAUUCCAUCGUCUGGAAGACUCUGUAGCUAUCUUGUAAAAGUGUACACGCCAGUCAUUUAAUUUUCAACAUGGAAGGAUGUCACUAAUUUUAACUUUUUCGUCACACUUUUUGUGUAUCACAGGAUCUGGAAUUCAUUGAAAGGAAGCUAGAAGAUCUUGAGAAAAGCAUGAAAAGAAGCAAUGAUAAACAAUUAAAAAUUGAACAUGAGUGUUGCGAAAAGGUUGGCAUGUAUUUUUUUUCGUAUGGCUUGGUACAUGGAUGAUUGUAUAAUCAUGUAGAGUUUUGUGCCUCUCAAUGUGUUCAUCUCUGAACUCCCCCCCCCCCCCCUUCCGUUGUUAUUUGUAUAUGAUUGUCAUCUUUCUCGUACUGAUUUUAUGAACAAGCAGAUAUUGUUUAAUAUUUUUUUUAACGAUUGUCUGACAUGGCCUCUUGCAGAUUUCCCGUAAAUGGUUUCGGGUUAAUAAUCCUGCACUUCUUGGAUCUAAGCCCGUAUACAUGUAGUUUAUGAAAAUUAUAGGAAUGCUUCAAGGAGUUAUGAAUGUUAGUGCAUUUUCAUAGAAUUAGGAGUUUCUGCACCUUUAUUUGGAAAUGGUGAUCAUUAAUUUUAAACCUUUGAUUUGACAUUGAAAUCCUGCUCGUCUUCUGUUGUUCUGGGCUCUUAGAACUAGCAGAAUAAACUCAAAAUCAUGUCAGUUUUUCUUUAAUCUUUUAUUAAGAGAACUUCUGAGAGCCCCCCUUUGUUGGGAAGGUUUUUUUUCCCGUAUUUGCUUAUCUCGGGCUAUGGCAAUCAUGGCGGUGCAAAUUUUGAUUGAAUUAUUGUUUUAUAUUUCAUUUUUGUUUUUGCUCUUACUUGUUCUUGUUGUGCCUGCAUGUUUCUCAUCAUUAUUUGUUGUUUGCUUAAUUUGCUAACUUUUCUUUAGUAAUUACUCUAAGGUAAUUGAUUUCAGUGUAUUCUAUGUUUUCCCUUUAGUUCCUUCUUUGUGAUUUGGUUGGUGUAUGUAAAAUCAGUUUAAUCUCAAUUAACCUUAGCUAACUUGGUUAGUUCAACACACGGCCUCAUUUUUCUUCUCAAGUUGAGUAGGUUAGAUAUGUGGUCUAAGACGAGGAAUGUUCAAUAUUUCAUGUCUUUAUUUCACAAAGUUUCAUGAAAGUGAAGUAAUUUAAAAAAUUCUUCCGUACCAAAUAUUGUGGAUUUGCAUUUCAACGUGUCAUAUUCAGUUUCAUAUGUAAAUUCGUCCACCAAAUUUGCGAACUCGAAUUUAUUCUCUAUUUUCAUGUCAUUUCUGAAGCCAAAAAGUUCUCUUCUUAUUUCUGUUGAAAUGCUUUACCUGAGAUAACAAUCUAAGAUGUGCAUCUCCGUGGAUUCUUCCAUUUAGAACAUAUUUAAAAUUUAGUGUGGCGAUGCUAUAUAGAUCACAGCUUUGUUCUUUCCCUUGAGAUUGGGCUGCCUUGCUCUGGACUUUUCAUUUUCAAACCCUGGGCAUUCAGUCUGCAUAGACAUUGGACAAUAUUAUGUGACUCAGCCUCAUCUUGGAAAAUCUGGUUGAUACGAGGCAAGAAUCAGACGUUAAUCAGAUUUCUUACGUGAAUGACAAUUAUUGUGAUUAUCUUUUUUUCCCAAGGAGAUACCUUCAAUUCCAUUUCAAUGCUUGUUGAUUGUUAUAAUUUAUUGUUUGCUUUUCUCUUUUUUGAAUUUUCGAGGUUGAUGAUAAAGCCUAUGAUACUUUCAUCUUAAUCUUGUGUUGCAGUUUAAAGCAUGGGUCACUGACGGGAAAGAUAUUCGUCUGGGUGAUUGGAAAACUGCUGAGGUGGAAGUUUUGAACACUUUUCAGUUACUGACCGCCAAACCUGUGAUAUAUUUGGUAUGAUUCUUGAUUUGCUUAAACUCUUCUCAGUGCUGUAUUUUUUUUUUUACGAAAAAGAUUUAUAUGCUUGAUUCUUUUAGUCAUUCGCUGAGUUAAGUUUACCUUUUCCUUUUACAAACUAUCGAGUUCUUAUCUUGCUUGAGUGUUUCAGUUUUAGUCCUGUAUUAAGAAUUCAAACGUUGACUUGAAUCUUUCUCUGUAUUUACUAACAGGUUAACAUGAAUGAGAGAGAUUAUCAACGGAAAAAGAACAAGUUUCUACCUAAGAUACAUGCUUGGUACGCUCAAAACUCUGUAUUUAAAUUAUCUUGACAGCUUUUAAUGCUGAUGACUUUUAAGACCACAUAUUAACAAGCUUUGAACUUGAGAGAUGAUUUGGAAAAUGCAUCUCAUAAAAAAUAUACAUGAGGCAUUCAAAUUGUCUUGACCUAUCCUAACAAGGUAGUUAUCUAUGUUUGUAUGUCUUAUAAAUCUAUUCAUUGUCAUCUGUACUUUAGAAAUUAAUAUUAGAGUUUGAAAAAUUACCAUAACUUGCCACCAAGGAAUUGUUAAUAACUAAAUGGCGAACAUAUUUUCUGAAUAUAUUAUCUGCAGUAAAGAGGUCAUGUAAGGACUGCCGACGGGCUGUGUUUGCCCAUGGACAGAUGACAGGUUUAUCGUCUGUCCCAUGAUAUCAGAGGGAAUAUUAUUGCUUUGCUACAUGCCUACUUAUACUUUAAGAGAACUAUGGAUGGUUCUAAUCAACAGAUAGUGCACAUGUUUAUGGACAAUUGAUGCUGUUUGAUAUUUUAUUUUGUAUUUCUCCGAAGGAAUACUGUCAAAAUAGUAACAGCUCAAUGUUUUUAGGGUGCAAGAGCAUGGGGCUGAGCCUAUCAUCCCUUUCAGCUGUUCUUUAGAGAGAAACCUUGCAGAUAUGCCAGACGAUGAAGCUGCUAAAUAUUGCGAGGAGAACAAGUUGCAGAGGCAAGUGCGAAAAUUUAUCCUAAUUUUCCUUUUUGGCAAGCUUUCUCAUUACAGUGAGGCGCUAGGAAGAAAGAUAUUUUUAUGUAUGUGUCAACACAAGAUGGGGGUCAGGCUUCAGACUCAAAAGUGGUGGUGAAAAUUUUGAUUUUUUCGAACAAGUGUAUCUUGUAUGCUCUCUUGUGGACUUUUUAAUGCAUGUUUAGAGAUGUUUCUGACGCUUGUUUAUGUUUCUUUUGAGCAAAUGCUCUAAUUUGUUUCCGUAUCAAUGUCUUGCAAUACUACCUUAUGUCGAUAAAUAUCCUCAGUCAUAUUUUUAUUAUUUUUUCAGGCUGUUUAGUGCCUAAGAUUUCACCAUAUCAUUGAAAUUGCUUGUAUUCAAUUGCAGUGCCAUCCCAAAGAUCAUAAAGACUGGAUUCUCAUCUAUUAAUCUUAUAUACUUUUUUACCGCUGGUCCUGAUGAGGUAAAUUUUACUGUGCUGUAGAUCGCUCUUUGCCUCUUUAUUUUUCCAUUUUUUGUUAUGUGGAGAAUAUUAUCUCAUGGUCCAUAAUUAUGAUCUCUUAGUUUUGUCCAAGUUUCCUUGGAAUUUGGAAGUAAACGUGAAAUUAGAUUGUUAAUUCUCUCUUUGGUUGGUUGCGUUGGUGAUAGUAUAUAAUAACAUUGUACUCUGUAUUCGCAAUGGUUUUGUAAAAUCGGUUUUGUGGAAGUUGUUUUUUUUUACUGAGAACGGUAUUUAAUGGUUUUUUAUUCAGUAACUUGUUUUUAAAUCAUAUUUUUAUUACUAUGCUAUUUCUAUGUUCCUCAUUAUUUUGACUCUUUUCAUGAUUUUUUUGUUAAUUGGUAUUUAGUUUAUGUUAUCCGAUUUUACAUGUUUUAUUUAUUUAUUGUAUCUAUAUAUUUGACUCUUUCAUUUUAAGAUUUUCUUUUUUUUUCUGUUCGUUAUGAUUAAUAUCCAAGGAAUGAAGCAUAUGCGACAAGUUCAAAGGAUGAUGGCCAUUUGGUCUAAGCUCACUCAGGCAUGAGAUGAUAUCCGUUUAACAAUUUAAUUAGAGAAUACACAUUAACUCAUGGGAUGAUGCUCAUUUAGCAAGCUUAUAGAAUGAUACCUAUUCUAGGAAUUCAGAAGUCUGAGCACAUUAAUGAAUCCAUGAAAUAGAGUCUAUGGGGGUACAGGAUCCAUUCGAAGACUCAAUUGCUGAUUUAAAAACUAUAUCUUGCUCAUAGGAGGAAAUGAAUUGAUAGGAGAGAUGACAAACUUGUAGUCACUUCGAGUGGCCCAAGAAGCCACAAUCCAUUCUAACAAUUCGGGAUUUUGGGCAGUUCAAAAAGGUUUCAAAGUAGCUCGGUUCUAGCAGCAGCCUGAGUCUAUUUUAAGAAGCCUAUACUCAUUACUAAAAAACUGUAAGUGUAAUGCUGAGUUUGCUUCUAAUGGCUAACCUUUCUGAUUCAAUGGGGAUUUUGUGUUUAAUAGUAAAUUCUAAUGUGCAGAUGUAGACCUAGUAUCAAGUGGUCUAGUCAUCUUCUGAUUGCCUUAUAGGCCUACCUUAAAUGUUGGGUCCGCGUGACUUAAUAGGGACCUUGUUUCUGCAAGACAUGCUGCAUUGGGACCUUAUGUUGACAAAAGACCCUUUGGUCAACGAUCUAAUAAAGUUUGUGCUUUUGUGUGUGGUGGUUAAGAUGUAAUAGGAUGCUGGACGAAUUUUGUGAUCUCUUGGGUGUGCUUGACGCAAAUAGGCUCAACAGCUUUAAGUUUGCUGAUCGUAUGAGGUUCCGAAUCAAAACAGAUCUAUCAAGCUCAUGAAUGGCAUAGCUCAGAAAGAAAUCCUAAGAACUUUAAAAAAUUGCAUGCAUAUUCGCAUUGCAAUAGAAUACUUCCAUUUUUUUCAUUUUCCUUCUUAAUUAAUAUUUUAUGGUCAUUUUUCUUGGAAACAAGAUUAGGCCUGCCUUGGAACACCUUGUAAAAGCAUAAAUCAAAGAGAUUGUCUGAUUUUUUUCUGGUGCCUUCAGCUUGCCUUGGUCAGAUUACCAGCUGAUUUUUGUCACAGAACCUGUUUGCUCUUUGAUAAUCUCCACAGAUCUGUUUUGCUUAUCGCUUAGGUAGUUCUGACUUGGCAUCUGACUUUCUACAGAAUCAGAAAAAUCAUGUGAAACCUCUAUACUUUGUGCAUCAUCUUUGCUGUCAUAAACUAUUUAUGGUUAAAUUUCUAAAAGUAGGUAUGGUUUUGGUAUUAUUUUUAAAUUAGGCAUGAUAGAUCAUAUAUUUUGAUGAACACGUAUGGGCAGGGUCUUGAUUUGUUUUGUCGUAACUUUGAUUCCGCAGGUCAAAUGCUGGCAAAUUAGACGGCAAACAAAGGCUCCGCAGGCUGCAGGCGCCAUCCAUUCUGAUUUUGAGCGGGGCUUCAUAUGUGCCGAGGUAUUUCUCUUCUCUCUGGUCUUCAUCUCUCGGCUUCAGUACCUCUUGUAUAAAAUUAGGUAUGCCCGGACAGAUUCGGAAGAAAAGGUAGAGGAGCAGGUGAGGAAUGUAGAGAAAGAGAGAGAGAGAGAGAGAGAGAGAGAGAGAGAGAGAGAGAGAGAGAGAGAGAGGCAUCAAUGAGCCCCCUCGGCAUUAUUGUGCUAUAGGCUCUGAUUGAUCACAAGAAACCGAGGUUCUCAUGAUUUCUUGCCUUCCUAACCCUUGUGAAAAUUUCAAACUUUCCUCACCUCUGUCAUUCUUUCUUCUGCCUAGGUGAUGAAGUUUGAGGACCUGAAGGAGCUUGGCAGCGAGCCGGCAGUGAAGGUACGACUGAGUCAACGGAUCAUAGUUGACCUUACUUAUUAUGGCAUGAUACGAGUUCCUUUAUUAUCUGUUUGUAGAUGACAGUUGACCUUAUCAUCUCAUGAUAUGUGUGUUCUGAUAUCUGUUUCUGGAUCAUAGUCUUUCUUCCUGUGUAAUGAAAUCCAUUCUCCAUAAACUGUUCGCUAUUCAUAGUUGACCUUGCUUCUUACCAUGGGAUGAAAUCCAUGCUCCUAGUUUCAUGGAUCAUAGUCGACAUCUCUUCUUAUAAUGGGAUGAUCUCUCUUCACCUAUUAUCCACUCUGGAUCGUAGUUGUCCUUGGUUUCCAUUAAGCCAUGGAAUCCACGUUCUGCAUCAGUUCAUGGAUCAUAGUUAAUCUCUCUCCUCACUAUGGCAUGAUGUGCAUGCUCUGUCGUCUAUUCAUAGAAUGCAGUUGACCUUAAUCCCUGUUAUGGCAUGGAAUCGAUGUUCCAUAUCCCUGGUUCACCUUGCUUCCUAUUAUAGCAUGGAAUCCGUGUUCAAUGGAUCUGUUCAUGGGUCAUUCCCACAGGCUGCUGGCAAGUACCGGCAGGAGGGGAAGACCUACGUGGUGCAGGACGGUGACAUCAUAUUUUUCAAAUUCAACGUGUCCGGCGGCGGGAAGAAGUGA